CCUGCACUUGCCGCGUCGUUGCGUGUCCUCUCUCAACGCCUAGACAGAUGCUUUAGAAAAGAUAUACCACAACACCAACGACCACUAACUGAUCAAGCACACCCAUUGAGACUCCUCAUCCACCACAACACCCGCUGGAUACCCCCAGCGAUUGGAUCCAUUCAUUGCAAAGCCUGCCUUUAGCACAUUGGACUAGUCCCUGAGCUAGAUCGCAACCAUGAAUAUUUUCAGGAUUGCGGGUAAGUCAACCCACGAGCUAUUGCUGUCAACUUAUGAGAAGGUAGAGAUGUCAACUAACUUAUGUGCCACUUCCAGGAGAUUUGUCCCAUCUGAUAUCCAUCUUGAUCCUGCUACACAAAAUGCGACAGACACAUGUAAUUACUCCCCAGCACCAUUGGACCUGUCGCAUCCACAUCCGCAUCAGAAACUAAUUGGUACAUGUAGUCCUGCUCCGGGAUAUCCUUCAAAUCUCAAGUCCUCUAUUUCAUUGUCUACGUCACCCGCUACCUCGACAUCUUCACCACCUUCAACAAAAGCGCCUACAACACCAUCUUCAAGAUCAUGUUCCUCGGGUCCUCCGGCUACACCAUCUACCUCAUGGCCGCAUCCUACAAGCCCACACACGACACCGUGCAGGACACGUUACAGGUGCAAUAUCUAUUGUUAGGCUCCUUCCUGCUCGCCGUGCUGUUACCAUACGAAUACUCCUUCUCCGAAAUCAUGUGGGCAUUUAGCAUCUGGUUGGAGUCCGUAGCCAUUCUCCCCCAAUUAUUCAUGUUACAAAGAACAGGCGAGGCAGAGACCAUCACCGCCAACUAUCUGUUCGCAUUGGGUCUGUACCGCGCAUUGUACAUCCCCAACUGGAUCUGGAGGUACUACACGGAAAUCCACCCGGUAACCCACAAGCCCCAUUUCGACACGAUUGCCGUCAUUGCUGGUGUGGUGCAGACGAUCCUCUACUCCGAUUUCUUUUACGUCUACUAUACCAAGGUCAUGCAGGGAAAGAAGUUCGCUCUGCCAGUUUGAAGGAACAGGAUAUAAAAGCUGGAUGGGUUGGGUCCAAGGGGUUUGGAAAGCAACAGACACAUCCCAGGAGAGGAUGAUCUGAGCAAGAGACACGAGGAACUUGCAGGGUUUGGGUCAAAAUUAUUUUGGGGCCGAAGGCUGUCCAAGUGCAUGCAUGGCUGGCGUUGGCUGGGUUGGACC